GUUCAGAAAUGGCGACGGAGAAUAAACCGAAGAUUGUGUGGAACGAAGGGAGACAUAGAUUCGAGACGGAGGAUCACGAAGCUUUCAUUGAGUACAAGAUGAAGAACAACGGGACCUUCAUGGACUUGGUUCGAACUUACGUGCCGUCUUCAAAAGGAGGAUUGGGUUUGGCUUCGCAUCUCUGCGUCGCUGCCUUCGAACACGCCUCCUCUCGCUCCUUCUCCAUCGUCCCCACUUGCUCCUACGUUUCCGAAACGUUUCUUCCCCGAAACCCGUCUUGGAAGCAUCUGGUUUACACAGAGGAGUCCAAGAUCCUCAAAUCUAGCAUCUGAUCAGGCUCUCUUGCUUUGCGUUUGGUGAAUAAAACAUAAAACAUUACAUUAUUAAGCCUUCUUUCAUGUUUAUGUAAACAACAAAAUGUCAACAUUUGGCGUGUAACACCAACAAACAGAGACACUAGUAAUGUUGUUGUCAUAAUAAUCAAGCAAAACAUGCAAACAUUAUAUUCUACAUUGAUAUAUUAUGUUCUUUGUACA